AGGCGCCGGCGGGAGGCGAGCCAUGGCGGCGGCAUGGGUGUUGCGGGCCGGUGGUUGCCGUCACCGCCGCCUCCUCUCCUCCUCCGCUGGUCGCGGCCUCACGGCUGAGCGUGGGGAGCGGCAGGAGAGCCCGGGCCUGGGUUUCAGCCCCCCCGCGCACUCCCGUAACGACUGGAUCGGCCCCCCCGACAAGCACUCCAACCUGCGCCCCGUCAUCUUCUACGUGCCCCCCGAGGAGUCGCCCCUGGAGCGGCGGCUGCGGGAGGCGCGGCAGGAGGCCCAGGCCUGCAACCAGCGCUUCUGGGCACGGCACAACCGCGCCUUCUGCCAGGAAAAAGAAGAAUUUAUUUAUUCAAGACUGAAAGCCAAAGGUCUGGAAAUGAGAGAUGAAACAGGUCAAAAAGCAACACUGAAUGCAGAAGAAAUGGCUGACUUUUACAAGGACUUUCUAAGUAAAAAUUUUAGAAAGCAUAUGCAGUAUAACAGAGACUGGUAUAAACGUAACUUUACUAUCACGUUCCUCAUGGGACAAGUAGCACUGGCAAGAGCUCUGAGGCGGCUUCGUUGGAAAAAGAAAAAUGUUGGAAAUUAAUCACAGCUCCAUGAAGAAUGGAACUAGCUAGGGCUGCUAUAAACCUGUUUGUAGUGAUGUUCAGAAUCUGAAUGACUACUGUAAUAAAUGCUUGAAUCAGUUUGUUAAACUAUGUAAAUAAAAGUUGCCAUUGAUCUUAAUUUAUAA